UAACAGUAGCUUGCUGGUUACUCGGGGCCUCAAUAGCGAAAGUUGCCCCGACGGAGUUGUGUGGUGUUGUUGGGCAUGUGGCGUUGUGUGUAACGAGUGAGAUUCCGGGCUUUGUAGUGACAUAGUGUGCCUAGUGCAGCCAAUCCACGCGGCAAUAUUGCCGCCCUCAAUUUUUUUAAACCUAAUUUUAACGUAGUUUAGUGCAAAGACUGAAAAUGGCACAAGGCACUUUGCUCAUACUUGUAUGCGUAACGACCGUAGCAACUUUCGCUUUCCCCCAUCCUGGAGAGGACGUAAUCACACAACCUAAACCUGGGGAAGAGUACGUUUUCGUGCAAACCACGGGUUCAGGCGCCCGUCCCAUAGCACGAAAAGACAAGCUAACAAGUGAGGAGCGUCCUUUCGAAACCGCCCACAAACUUCCACCAUCUCUCACAUACAUCCUGAACGAAAACGACGACGAUGUUAAGACUAAGACCAAACGAGCGGCCAAUCCGGCCGAAGCCCCGGCUCCCGCCCCCGCUGGUGCAAUCAAACUAGACGUGCAAAAACUUUUAGAAAAAUACAAGACCGAACUCAAGACUAGCACGACCGAAGCUCCGAAAACCACAGCGAGAACGACGCGGAGGAGAGGCAACAAGAGGACGAAAAAGGAGAUUAAGGAAGUUGAAGUCACUAGUCCUAGCCCCGUUUUGACGACUGGAGCCAGCGUCCCCAAGAAAGUCGACGAUGAUAUUCCUCUAGUUGCUAGUGGGAGCGAGAAACAGCGAUCGCGGAUUCAGAUCAAAAAGGCACCCAAUGGGCAGGAGUACGAAUACGAGUACGUUUAUUAUUACUACGACGAAGAUGAUGAUGCGAAAGUGACCAAUGCCCAUGAUGGGCCUGCUAAGGCUGCGAACAAGAGUCGAGGGGCUGUGGAGCGAACCAGUGCAGCUCCUGAAGCCAACGAAGUUGUGCCCUCGUCCCGCGGCAAGACUAGAGGCCGCCAACUGGGCGAGGAAGAAGUCAGCGAGGAAAGGCUUCCUGCUAAUACGAGGUUUCCUCCAAGAAGUCGCAAUCUGAACACUACGCCUUUACCGGAAGAGGAAACUAAAGCGACAAGAGGUCGGGGAAGAGGAAGGCCAACUACUGAGGCUGCACCUAGCACUGAUAGUGUUUCGGACGAAACUCAGGGGUCUCGGGGGCGCACGCGUGCCAACGUGAGAAGGCCUUCCUUGGAAUUGGUUGACAAUGCCUCCUUUAACACCCAUCCAGGAUCCGAACCUUCCGGAAGCAGCCCGUCCUUCCCGACAGACCUUCCAGCUGGACCGGUACGUUUCUUGGGAGCAACGCCUAAUGAAAGCGUGGAUCCACCUGAACCCAUCGCCACGUCCGACAAUCUCCCAGAACCAAAGAAAGAAGAAACCUCGACUGAAACCGCCGAAGAAACCGGGACAACAGCCAUGUCAGCCAUGGACAAAGUGGCCCUCGACCUCUAUGCGAUCCUCCAAGGGACUCAGAAACUCUCCGGAGAAGAGGGCGAUUUCAGUAGCGAGGAAAAUGCAACUGAUACCGAGGUCACAACUUUGGAACCCACGACCGAACAAAUUAUUGAGACUACAACUCCCACAACUACGACAACAACAACCACAACCACAACACCAGCUCCUACGACCACAACCACGACGGAAGCACCAAUCGGACGAGGAAGAUUUAAGGGACGUGGGAGGAAAACUACGCAUUCUGCGUCGACGACCGAAGCUGCACAUGCAGAAACUAAACCAAAAAGUAAAUUCAGUAGACCCAGCUUUGGAGGGAGACACAGAGCUGGGGCUAGGUCGACCACGGAGGCGGCAGUUGAACAUGACGCUUCCAAGGAGGAAUCCAAGCCAGUGAGCCACUCUCGGCCCACUUUAAGCCGAAAUCGCUUCGGCGCGACGCGCUCCAGGACCCGAACAACUGCUGCACCUUCCGACUCCAACGACGACUCUCCUAGCAGCACCUCAGCCCCAGUAUCAAGACCAUCUCUCACACGCCCUCGCUCAUCCUUCAAUCUUCGCACUAGAGGACGUUCCACCACCACACAAUCACCCGAAAAUGAAUCUCACGACGAGGAAACUGCUUCCAGCUCCGAACCUGCGAGCACCACCGCCAGAAGUAGACGCGUUCAAGGCAGUGGCGUAAGACCCCUAAGACCUGGACCUCGAAUAAAUCUAGCCAGAAGCCGCCCUGGACAAAGUACAACCACCACGGAAGCUCCCGCCGAAGACCAUGCAACGGGAGAUGCGGAACAACCAACUAACACGAACUCUGAAGCUUCGGAAGAAAAAGAUAAAGAAUCUUCGGCUCCAGUAGAUAAUAGUCCUUUAGGUAGAUUGAAAAACAAGCACCGGGUGAACGUGCAAGCCCGGCCCAAAGCUGCAGCGAGCACUCCGGUGCAAGUCCGUCGUGUGAAUCCACUGCUUGCAAGGAGGAGACCUGGGCAAACUACGGAAGCUGCGUCUAGUGAAGCACCACAAGAAGUGAGCACCGAAGCAGCUGAAGCUGAAGAACACGAAGAAACCGAAGCUGCAGUUGAAGCGUCCAGUACUACCACCGAGGAACCUAGAGGAUUAAACAAAUUGCUUGCAGGCAGGAGAAGACUAGCCACCAGACCGGCAGCUCACCACUAAGGCUGAAGAAUAAUUGAAAAUCGUGAAUUUGAACCAGCAAACUUUUUUGAUUUUCAGUUGAGUUAGAGUAAUUUUAAUAAAAAGGAAUAAAGUUAUUUAUUAUUUUCAAGUUUUUGAGCAAAAUUUUACAUGUACUAUUUUCCUUAAACUAGAUUCGUAAAAACUGUUUUGUAGUCUAUGAAAUAAAACAUUGCGAGUAUUGUCUAUUAUUUUCAAUAAAAGUAUAAUUUUGUACAUACGUAAUUACAUACUUUAUUUAUCUCUUACGUAUCUAGCAUAAUUUCGAGCUUAAGGAUAUUUUAUACUUAAUUAUUAGAAAGGUAAUUAAGACAUUUUUAUACGCAGGCCCAAACUGUGCCAAUAUUAUUUUACAAUUCAAUAAAUGUAGGUAAUUUAUUUUGAAUAAUUUACCCAAUGCAAAAAUUAUUAUAACAAUUAUUUUAAAAUAACUAUCAUUUUUAUAAACCAAUACUCCUCCAAAAAAUAAAAGAAUCCGCUCAUUCCUUUUUCUGCACCGAUAAUCCUUAUACAAUAUCAAUCUUUGUGUAAACUGACUGAAAACAAGUUUUCUGAAAAAAUUCGAAUUUUUGCUUUUUUUAAUGUUGACUUAGACAUGUGAUCAUUAAAGGUUGUAAUCCUUUUGAAAUAAAGCUCUAUUGUUUGGAA